GAGCUAUAUACAAACUCCACCACUAAUUUUGUGCUUUGCUCGUGAACUUUUGUUGUGAAAUCGGCACGAUUUUAGUUUCCGGGGCGCCAAGAUUUGAGGACAUAUUUUGGUUGCGUAAACGUCAACAAGAGUGGUCUAAAAUAAAAAAAUAAAAUAUCCCAAAAUUAAUAUCAUGGAAGCUGAAGCUCAAGUAAAGAAUAACACACCCUCGUCUCCAAGCAAUAUUAAAACUGAGUCACCGGAAUUACCAGUGCUGAAUAUAUCAGGAAGAGUUAAACCGAAUAGGACUACUCCACGUAUUAGGGGAAAAAAGAAGUCGGCUGCACCGAUUUCAGAGGCACCCAAAGUGAAUCCGAACACAUUUCCAGAGAUUUUAAGUAGGAUUCUACUUAAAAGCACUGUUCCCCCUGCCCCGAAACCGAACAUAGCUGAAGAAACACAAUACCUUUGUUUCCUCUGCCUCGAGAAGCCGGCGAGUCGAAAGCGCGUCUAUCACAUGUUCAUAACGACGGAAAAGGAGCUCGGAAAGGAUUACAACCAUACAAGAUCGCUCUACGAGAAUCGAAAGGAGUACAAAUAUGUCAACAACAUAAGUGUACAAACAGUCUGCGCGAGGGCGUUGUACCGCCGAGUUCAGAAAAAGUUCACCGAUGUGGAAUGGAACAAGCUGGGAAAUGUUUUUGAGACUGAUAUGAUCGGACAUAAGGAUGUCUGGGGCAUUUCAGACAGAGUUCACGCAUUGCGGAUCGAAGAACACGAAAGGCUUUUCAAUUACAUUAAAUUCUUAAACUCAAUGAAGAGCUAGAUACAAACUUUUGAUUUUAAUUUUCCACUAGUGUAAAUUGUGAUAUCUUUUAAUUUUUGUAUUAAAUCGAUUUUUUGGGCAUACUUAAAGCAUGCUCGAUUGUUUGAUUACAGUAA